CCAGUUCAAAAACACCUUUCAAAGGUUGAGUAACGUAAUCCUCUUUUCCUCCAAAAAAACUUUCUGGUUUCUCCAUAUUAAUCUCUUCCCUAAUUUUCUCCACCUACCAUUCUUGUCUUUGUCGUUCAUAAUUUCCUUUCUUAUUUUUGGCUUACUAGUUUCUGCUUAUUUGCUUGAUUCCUUUUUGAUCAACCUUUGUUCAUUGUCUCAAAUUUGAGACAACCCCAUAUCUUGAAAUCAUAUUUCUAACGUUGUUGUUUGUGUUCUUUGUGGAGAUUCCAAGGUGGGUAUUUCUGGGGUUGUUGUUGAUUUUUUCUCAGACAAUGAGUUUGGGUUUUCUUUAGUUAGGAAUCAAUCUAUGAUCUUCUUGAUUUCCACCACCCUUUUAGGCUUUUGUUUUGUUCAAUCUUUCUCUGUAUUGUUUCUCUACCAUUUUUAUGACUUUUCAUGAAGACCCUUGACACCCUCUAAAUAGUAGCUUUCUAUUAUUGAAGAACAACCUUUUUUGAUUGUCCCAAAAAGUUAAUCUUGAAUUAUAGCCACAGUAUUGAAUUGAAAAUGUCAGGUUUAAGGCAGAGUGCUAGUUCAUCUGCAUCAGAAGAUGAUCAAAGGUAUGCAGGAAUGGAUGAAAAGAAGAGGAAAAGGAUGAUUUCGAACAGGGAAUCAGCGAGGCGUUCGAGGAUGAAGAAGCAAAAGCUUUUGCAAGAUUUGACAGGGGAAGUGAGCAGAUUACAGGGUGCAAACAAGAACAUUGUGGCUAAGAUUGAACAGACAACAGAAAGAUAUGCAAUUUGUGUUGCACAGAAUAAUGUGCUGAGGGCACAGGCAACGGAAUUGACUGAUAGGUUGAGGUAUUUAAAUGAUGUUAUUGAUGGUACUGGUUUGGCUGUGGAUGUUGCUGCUGAUCCUUUGUUGAAGCCAUUGCGGACCCCGUUUUCAAUGCAGCCCAUUGCUUCUUCAGGCUUGUUUAAAUUUUGACUGUCAAAUGGUUGUCUUUGUGGCUAUUUUGGAUAACUUUGCUUCCAUUAGUCCACAUUAAUAGUUUCUUUGGAUGGUAAUGUUGUGUUAGUUUUGACUUUGUUUGUUAUGCUGUGUGUAUCUGUUUAGUCUUUGAACCAUGUAAAUGCCAAAAAUUAGUUGGGAGUUGUGGGAUCAGAAUGUUUUAAUCUUACCUUCUUGUUUUUGUUUA